ACAGAGCAAUACUCUACUCGAAUGGGCUUCGUCGCCAAGGUACUGCUGACUGGGCCCCGCAGUGAUUGGCUGAAAGGCCCAAUUCGGACCUCGCUCCCCAUCGGUUGCCAUCGCUCUUCGGGGCGAAGGCUCACAGUAGGACUUAUUGAGGCGCCCUUUGGGGUGGGUGCAUGCUCUUUCAGUUACCGUCUUAAGGUGAUUUGUGUGUACAUGAGACUUAGUACAUUUGCUUGCCGGUCACUGUGGGCCGGACAGUUGUCCUCGUUGGCCUCAGAACGUGAUCUGCAUCAUGUCAAGUCGUGUGCAGGCAAUAGCAGCCAUGAAACUUGGCCCAACAUUCGUUUGGUAUGGCUACGAGUAUGCUGGUUUGCUGUUGCCGGGCUGUUUGGGGUACGCGUUGAAUGUUUUUUUUCCAAGCAAAAGCCGUUUCGUGUUUAUGGCAAAAACAAUUCGGCUUCAAUGUCAAGAUCUGUUUUCGUUGCGUAA